AUGAACCACUCCAUCUCUCCAUUCUUGCCUCAACUACAACGCUACCAAAAACCUGGAGCCAAGCAGGAGCCUCCGGCCUCAAACUAUCAGCAGUCUCUGCACAUGCUCCAUCAGCCGAUUCCGUCCAUCGUGGUCAAUCCUCACUUCUCGGACCCUCUGCAAGAUCCAAGUGUCUUUUACCGGUCCCAUGAUUCGCUGCCCGCUCCAGAACCACUUAGAAAAGUGGCUUCUCAGGCUCCUCAGGCCCCUCAAGCUCAUAUACCUGUCCAUCUGGCUACUGUGUAUACACCUGUUGGACAGCAGCCGGCUGGCCAACGAUCCGUCCACCCAAACCCCAAUGCCUACCCAUUAGAGUAUGGCCAUCUCCAUACUCAGCCUCAGAUGUACUAUAUGCCUCUGUCUCACAUGUAUCCACAAUUCAGGCCACAAGUUAUGUUUCCGGACAGUUACCUGCCCAUGGGAGCCGUGAAGGUCCAGAAUGACAGCGCUCAUUAUCCAUUCCAGCAAACAUAUCCACAUCGAACCCAGAGGGCCCCAACAGAACCGCAACCGCAAAUGGUGUCGAAUUAUCAGGGAGACCUAAACGCUAAUGCUGUAGAGUUGGUGGAAUCGAAAACAUAUAAACCCACCCAAACGAAAAAGAAUUCGCGGCCCAAAAUCAACAAGAUCGUGGGUGAUCUGGACGAUGUGCGUAUUCACUCGGAGAGAAGGGCUCGAUUCGAGGUGGGUGAGCCAAGUCUUGAUGUGUUGUACGAGCAUUGUAGGGAAGUUUUAGGAAUCCCGGUCGCCAGAGAGGAUAUCUCAGUGACUUACGAAUGCAUGCUUUCUGACAACUUGGAAAAGAAGUUGUUUGAGAUGUUCCUGGAGAAUAUUGUGGUGUUCAUAGACGUGUUUUUGUCGAUUGAUAUGUUCCAGAAGAUCUUUAUGGAACUUGCUCUCUAUGAUGAGUCCCGAAUGAUAUUGAACUCCAUGUUCUGUCUCAGCUCGCUCAUUCUUCAGCGAACUCAGCCCGACUCCAUAGAUCCCUUGUGUCCUCUCAAAUACUAUGAACGCACCGUGACAUCCAUUCGUUUUCACUUGAGUCUGCCUGAGGUGGAGAACCCUGAAAGUGGAAUCUUGGCCAGGUGCCUCCUCAGCACAUGUCUCUUAUGUAUUUACGAGCUUUUCUUUGUUGCAGUGGAUAGCACAUACAUCAAGGGUGCUGGAAGUAUUCUCAUGUCAAUUUUGUCCAAAAAGAAUAGAUCCGAGAGCUUGCUUAAGUCCAACCCUUUUUACGAGACGUGUUUCUGGGCCAUGUUCAUCUGUGAUAUGAUUUUAUCCAAGAAGCUUCACAUGCCUAAUAUGUACUCGAUGGAGAAGGUAUGGUCCGCGUUGGAACCAGAAUACUUUAGCGAUUUGAAUUGUUAUACUGCUUUCCUGGAGGAACCAAAGACCAUUAAGGACUCGCUGAAUAAUUACUAUUCGGUGCUGGUGUCUCGAUCAACCACGAUUUGGUGGCAACACAAGAUCGUGCUGAUUUACUGUUCAAUUAACGACUUCAUGCUUCUGACUGAUGUCAUUACUGAGGAAGCCUACAAGACCAACAAGAGGCUAUAUCAAUGGCAGCAAUUGAGGAAGUCGUUGGAGGAAUACGACAACAAGAUGCCGGUUUUUCUUAAGCCAUUAAUUCACAUUCCCAGCUCGAAGGACCGUGUGUAUCCUGUUCUUUAUUUCAAAGAUGAACACACGGCUGUAGCAGCAUUGCAUUUCAAGCUUGCAAAAUUGGCACUCGUUGAGGCUUUGCAUGCAAAUAUCAAUCUUGAAUUUGCAAGCUUGCUUGAACCCGAGUUUGCAAAAUACCCUGCAAGUCUCAGAGAGAAAACAUCAAGGGAUAUUCUUGGAAUUUUACAGACCUAUGAUUCCAACAGAAGAAUAUGGCCAGUUAGUGUGCAUUCGCUUCGUCAAGCAUCAAAAUGGAUCAAAGAGGGCACUGAAGAGCAUCGCGAGUUGAAAAUUCUCGCUAGCAGGGUAUUACAAUUCUCUCACGUUGCGCUGCGUCUUCUGGUAGUACACGGAAACUGA